AUUAACAGCUGGUUACGAUCAAACACACACCAUCGUAUCUCAACUCUGUUCUUGUCAUUUAACGGGAAGGCAGUGCCGGCCUUCUUUAGACAUACGGAGGAUCUUAUCAUUUUUAGAGGGAGCGUGCAUAAACAGACCAUGGACACCCAUCCAUUUUCUAUAGAGAACAUUCUGAAGGAGCCCUAUGCUAAAACAGUCGAGGAGGAGACAAAAACGCAACCUUCGAAAGAGGCGCUAUCGUUAGCUGUAAAGCUGGCUGAUGUCAUACUAGAAGCUCGACAAGAGACUACUCGCCGCACACCACGACGCCCGCGCACUGCCUUUACGCAUCAGCAAUUAAGAAUCCUGGAACAAUUCUUCUAUAAAACACAUUAUCCAGAUGUAGAAUUAAGGGAAGAACUUGCUGCAAAGACCAAUCUGCAGGAGGGCAGGAUUCAGGUCUGGUUUAAAAAUCGACGUGCUAAAUUUCGAAAUGAGAAGGGAAAAUUUCCAUCAGAAGUAGGCUUUAGCUAUAAAAACGAAAAAGAGAUUAUUCAAAACAUAUCUCAAGUAAUACAGGCUCAAGAAGUAAAAUGUAGUUUCCAGUGUUGUAUGUCAGUACCUCACUCCGGCAUCUGUGGCGAUCCCGAGGAAGCCAUAAAACAUUUCCACGGGAUUUCUUCCAGCAUGUUCCCUAUGCAUGAUAAUUUGUUGCGCGUUAUUGGUCUUCAUGGCUGUUCGCAUGGCAAUCAUAAAGGAAUAAGUGCGGGGUAUUUCGCAAGGAUGAGGAAAAUAAAGAAAAGAAGAGACUGGAGCGUUAGGGAACGCUCCACCUUCUAUUCUUUCUCCCCAAUGGAUGCCAAUCCAUUCUCAAUUGAGAGCAUCCUUAAAAAGAAACCGGCUCCCUCGUGCGUGAAUGACACGGAGGAACCUCCGCCGUCCAAAUCAAGAGAAGCACUUUCACUGGCCGUAAAACUCGCGGAUGUUAUCUUAGAAGCUCGACAAGAGAAAAGCCGACGUACACCACGACGCACGCGCACUGCCUUCACACACCAACAAUUAGGAAUCCUCGAGAAAUCCUUCAGUAAAACACAUUACCCAGAUGUAGAGCUAAGGGAGCAACUUGCCGAAAAAACUAACCUACAAGAAGGAAGGAUUCAGGUUUGGUUUAAGAAUAGACGUGCUAAAUACCGUAAGGAAGCGAGAACUUGCCUUCCUCUCGAGAGCUACGAAAGUGAAGAGGAACCAAUCCCCACUGUUUGCCCAGUGACACCGACCCAAUCAUCGCCGCCUUGUUUUCAGUAUAACACAGUUCCUUAUUACUUCAACUACAGUGAGCCCAUUGAUUCAAUAAGAACAUUUGGACACUCUUCAACAAUGUACACUCAGCUGAGUAGACACACCCAGUUGAGCCCCCAUUCUCACUUGGUUCAGCCGCUUGGAAUACACGGCUGGCAGCCUGUGUCGACAAAUGUGAUGAUGAAUCACGCACAUAUUGGAGAUAUGUGGCUUGGAUGAAAAACAAUUAUCGAAAACGGGCAAAGUGUAGUUUAUAAGUUACAGCAACAUAUUCAGUACAGUAUUUGUGUGUUGGCUGUGUGCAGUUAGAUCCGCUCGAUCAUCGUCUUUCGCAAUCAGCCCGAAUGGCCGGCACCAACUGUACACCUCAUCAAGAAAAAUAUUUUUGUUAUUGAAGGAAUGACAUUGUAUAUAAAGAGAGUUAGAGCGGUCAAUGAGUGAUAGAAAGUCAUUGGUAUAAGGAAAACACCUUUGAUGAAUACAUAAGUACGACGUAAGAAUGUUGAGCUGGAAAUGUCAAAAAGAAAAAAAAAGAAGAGUUCCGGUUGAUUCAUCGAAUCGCCAGGAUGCCAGUCGUUGUUUUUUUUUAACGAAAAAGACGAAUAAAUUCAAGGAUACUACUUUGUAUGACAUUAAAAAUGUUUUCUUUUCACACCUUUGGUUUUUAGUAUACAAUCCAUAAAUCACCUCCUUGCUUCUUAUCAAAACCUUAGAAUAAUAGAGGAGAAGGCUGAAAAUAUCUACGGAAAUAUCAUAGUAAGGAUUUUUCAAAUAGCUAGUGGUAUAAUGAUGUUUUUCUUUUGUCGCCGUUUUAAUGGAAACACACAAAUACUGAUUAAAAAUCCAUCCCUAAACUUAAGAACUGUGGGAGUUAUUUUAUUAAGGUCAUUACAAUCAGUAACAUCGAAGUUAAGCGUCAGGGUUAUGCCUUCUGUAAGAGAACGAUCUUUAGAGUGGGUUUGGUUUGUCAAAUAUACACUCAGCAGUCAAAACAUCAGUCAGUAAUAACUCUCGCGUCCUGGACUAUUGUAUUAUGGACGAUUAAAAUAUGUAUAACGGUUGUCAACUAAUACACACGAGUUUAAAGAUAAUCUAUCAUUUUGCAACAAUUGCUAUUGAUUUUAGUAGCGGAAUUAUGCCUUGUCUGAUAGAGUUUUAAGACAAUCCUAUUACCACAUGUUUUUCGAAAGACAUCUGACCAAUAAAUGUUGAGCUCUAAGGCUGACAGUACAAGUACAUGUGAAUCUAAAAAUCUUCGGAAGGUUUCACUCUAUUGUUUGGAAACUUAGGUACAGAUUUGAAUUUAUUUUGCUCAACCCAGCUUUCAAACG